UUGGACUACCGACACAUUGCUUCCAAAACACUCAAUAACCUCUCCCUUCAAGUGGAAAUACAGUCAUCUCUUCAGCCAUUGCCUUAACACAAAGUCACAGCCUGUUACCCUAGCCUUCUCCUUCUCCAGCUCCUUGUUUAUAUACAGCCUAUAUAUCCACCUUUUCCGCAGCAGAAUCCGAAGCUUCCCUCCCCCCUUCUCUCUCUCCCUCUCUCUCUCUCUCUCUAGCUCGCUCUAAAACCUCAAUCCUUCCCAGUCUCCCCACCUCUCUCUCUCUCUCUCUCUCUCUCUCUCCCCUCAACCAUGGGGUUUCCCGUGGGCUACACAGAAGUCUUCCUCCCAAACCUCUUCGUGCACAUACUCUCCCUUCUGGGUCUCAUCAGGCUCCUCAUUCUAACCCUCUUCCGCUCCCUGGGCCUCUCCGAUUUCCUCGAACCCGAAUUCUCCUACCAAGACAACAACCCGCCCCGCGCACCCGACUACCCCGCCCCGUCCGCCUCCCUGAUCCGAGAAUUCCUCCCCGUCGUGAAAUUCGACGACGUCGCCGGCGACGGAGACGCGCCGGAGAGCUGCGCCGUGUGCCUGUACGAGUUCGAGGCGAGGGAAGAGAUCAGGUGGUUGACCAACUGCAAGCAUAUUUUCCACCGGGGGUGCGUGGACCGUUGGAUGGACCACGACCAGAAGACGUGUCCGCUGUGUAGGACCCCCUUGGUGCCGCAUAGCAUGCGAUGCGAGUUCAAUCAACGGCUCUGGGCCGCCUGUGAUGCGUCCGGUUUUGCCGGCGAUGGUUUUACCGGCGAUUACAGUUCGAUCUCGGGUUUGUGAAAUUAUAUUUGGAGGUUUUUAGUGGGUUUUUUUCUUAAUUAUAAACAUUGUAAAGUCAAGUUGUUAUAAAAAAAGAGUUUCUGAUCAAA